AUGUUGCGCGACUUCGGCUUCGCUCGGAUCAUCUGCGAGAAGUCAUUUCGACGGUCGGUGGUUGGCACGCCGGCCUAUUUGGCUCCUGAAGUGUUACGGAACAAAGGCUUCAAUCGAUCUCUGGACAUGUGGAGCGUUGGCGUGAUAGUUUAUGUCAGCCUUUCCGGAACGUUUCCCUUCAAUGAAGAUGAGGACAUCCAUGAUCAAAUUCAAAACGCUGAAUUCAUGUAUCCACCAAAUCCAUGGAAGGACAUCGGCGAUUCAGCUAUCGAGUUCAUAAAUGGAUUGCUGCAAGUGAAAAUGAAUAAACGAUUCACGGUGUCCAAAGCGCUGUCACAUAUAUGGAUGCAGGGCUACGAUUUGUGGUCGGACCUUCGUUUGUUGGAAAAAGCCGUUGGAGAACGUUUUCUGACCCAUGAAAGCGAUGACGCACGAUGGAAAGAGUUCGAGAGGAGUCAUAACCUCACACCGGUAUACGUGUGA